AGAAAGCAACGAGCGAAGAAAAAAAAAACACCAUUGCCCACCCCAUCGGUGAGCUGAGAGAUUCAUUCGCGUGUAAGAAAAGGUUCGAUCCCUAAUCUGAUUCCGCCUUCUUCGAUCUCUAAUCGUUAGUUUUCCUACUUUUUUUUUUCUUUUUCCCUUUCUGGUUUCUGUACGAUCAGAUCCAGGUUUAGUUUGAAAGAGGGCUUUUUCAAACCCUCAGGUUGAUUUCGAUCGUUUGUUUAAUUUGUUUUUUGAUCGGAAGAUCUACUUUUUAGCACUAGUUCUCGUUUUCGAUCUCUUUCUUGUUCGCGAUCUGCAGCUUUUUAGCUUCUUUUCCGCCUCAGUAGGUUAAUUGUUUUAGGAAAAGCGGUAGCUUUGCGUUACAGAUCAGACAUGGCGACAGCCAUGGAUUCGUACAGUAGUCUGCUAGUUUUCUCCUCCUCGGAUUCAUUGAGAGAAGAGGUUGGGCCUUCUAUUGAAGCUUCUUCCUCCCCUGUUCCACUCUCCUCGAGUUUCUCCUCCUUCUAUCCUUCUCCAAACAGUAGUUUCGAUCUGUCCAUGCCUGUUGGAUACGGCUCCGAGAUGGUUCCUCAAAACGCCAACUCGGUCGAGUUAAAUUACCUCUCCCCUGCUCAAAUCCACCAGAUCCAGGCUCAAUUCCACCACGGGAACCAGAGGAAUCCCCCGAUCGCUCCCCAGCCAAAACCCAUGAAGCGCGCGGCGUCGUCGCCGAAGCCUGCCAAGCUCUUCCGCGGGGUCAGGCAGCGGCACUGGGGCAAAUGGGUGGCGGAGAUCCGCCUUCCCCGCAACCGCACCCGCCUGUGGCUCGGCACCUUCGACACAGCCGAGGAGGCUGCCUUGGCCUACGACAAGGCCGCGUUCAAGCUCCGCGGCGACGGCGCAAGGCUCAAUUUCCCAGAGUUCCGCCGCGGCGGGGCGCACUUGGGGCCGCCCCUGCACCCCGCAGUGGACGGCAAGCUCCAGGCCAUAUGCGAGACCCUGGGGAGCAUCAGGAAGCGGGAAGCCUCUCCGUCUUGCCCGGUGGCCAGCGAGGGCAGCAUGGAGGACAACAAAUCCAACUCUUCGUCGGACGAAGGCGGCGAGUCGUCGUCAGCUGGGUCAGCGAUGCUGCACCUGGACUUCACAGAGGCGCCGUGGGACGAGUCGGAAAGCUUUGUGCUGCGCAAGUAUCCGUCGUGGGAGAUCGAUUGGGACUCCAUUCUCUCCACCGAUUAGCAUCGGUUUGUGGUUCGGUGGCUCCUUGCAAAUGGUGUUUUAGACAUUUGCAUGGCCUCUUCUUCUCAUUAGUAGAAAUUAUUGCAGUUGAAUGCAGGAAAACCUCAUGGUUUGCUGAUUUUUUUGAAGCAAAACCAUGUAGUUUGUCAUCUUCUUUGCAAUUCUCAUUUGUGUAUAUUUGUGAUUUGGUAAAAUCUCUGCUGUGUAUGAUAUAUAUCUGCAUUAAAAGGUCUAGACUGUUGUUUAAUUACUAUAAA